AUUUAUUAAUUUUUAGAUUUACACGUUUAUUUCAUUGUUAAAUUAAAUAUUAAUUGCCUUCAAAUUUCUGUGGCGCGGAUUAGAUUAAGUUAGGUUAAGUUAGAUUUCACAUCCACGUGACAUCUGCGUGUCGCGCGAUAAAACUCCAAGCUGACACAAGCUGACAGUUUGACAGGUUCGACUUUUUUUUUAAGUUCUUAUCUUUAAAUGUUGCGAACAUCGCAGGGAAUUAAAAAUCCGUAUAAGGUACAAAAUGAAAAAAAAAAAAAUUUCCGUGAAGCGCGUGUGAAACGUAAACGCGAAAUUUUAGGGUAAAUGACAGCCUACGCAAAUAAUAUCGAUUACCUUAACCAAUAAUCGCGACGCACAUAUGUCUUUCCAUAACGAUUGCAAGUGUCCACGCAGUUACUCAAUCAUGAACCUUUAUUUGACAAGUCGACUGCUGUUGCGGCGAGAUUAGUCACCGUUCUGCAUCCCUCGAAAGGAACGAAUUUUUUUCCAUCGCCUGUAAGAUAUAACUGAGCUCUUUGUCCGCGCGUUGGAGAAUGGAUUCACAUCACAAGAGAAGGCCGAUCGCUUAUUUGACGCGGAAGGCGCAAAUAUCCUGUAGUCAUCGUUUGAACAGUCCGUUCCUGACCGACGAGGAGAAUAAACAAGUGUACGGAAAAUGCAACAAUGUUUGGGGCCAUGGUCAUAAUUACACCGUGGAAGUAACGAUCCGUGGACCUGUAGAUCCGUCCACUGGAAUGGUUAUGAACUUGGAGGAAUUAAAAGCUUGCAUGGAUAAGGUGCUGAUGGAUCAAAUGGAUCAUAAAAAUAUAGACAAACAAGUGUUUCACUUGAGAAAUACAGUCUCAACGACCGAGAAUGUCGCUAUUUAUAUAUUCGAGGAGCUAAAAACGCACAUGUCCAAUCCCGAACUGUUGUACGAAGUCAAGGUCCACGAAACCGACAAAAAUGUUAUGUCUUUUAAGGGAGAAUACAGUGAUAAUGUAUCUUCUGAUAUGUAAUUAAUGGUAUCUUAAUUAGACCCACUUGGUUGUACAGAUUUGUUUAGUUUUGAUAUUUGUAAGAUUUUUAUUACAUUUGUAUAACAAUGUAUACAAUUACAUGAUUGUAUAAUUGUAAAAUAUAAUUUUAUAUUAAUAAUUGUAUAUUUUAUAUUAAAACAAUCGAAAAUAAUAUAUACAAAUUAUGCAUUA